CCGACUUCCGCCUGGAGUUUUCGCGACAGCUGGAGAGCGGUUGUGCCGCGGGAGUAUCAGGGUCGGAUUUCUGUACACUUUAAUUAUUGCUACAUCCUUUUAAAAUGGGCGAUAAGAAGAGUCCGACCAGGCCAAAGAGGCACUGCAAGCCGCCGUCAGACGAAGGCUGCUGGGACUGUAGCGUCUGCACUUUCAGGAACACCGCCGAGGCGUUCAAGUGCAUGAUGUGCGACGUUAGGAAGGGCACAUCCACACGGAAACCUCGUGCCGUUUCACAGCUUGUGGCUCAGCAAGUACCUCCGCAGUUUGCUUCACCCACACAACCGAAAAAAGAGAAGAAGGAAAAGACAGAGAAGGACAAAAACGACAGGGAGCCAGCAAUGAAAAAGAACAGCCACAAAAAGAUGAGGCCAAGGUUAAAAAAUGUUGACCGAAGCAGUGCACAGCACUUGGAAGUCACAGUGGGAGACCUGACAGUCAUCAUCACAGACUUUAAGGAGAAAGCAAAGCCCUUAUCCUCCUCCACAAGCUCAUCCUCCUCCACAGCCACGUCAGCAGACCUGCGUAGCCAAAGUGGAUCCAGCUCGGAUAACACUGAGAGAGCAGUCUCCAGGUCGUCAUCUCCUCGGGGUGAAGGCUCAUCAGUCAACGGAGAAGCACACUAGCCUCUGAUAAGCCCAUUGUUUUACUGAAGGUCAAAGAUUUUCCCGCACAUAUCCCCACUCCUUUUUUGACUGGAUUGGAUGGGGCUUGGAGCACCCCCACCCCCCCCCUCCCCACAAACAGUCACUGCACUAAGAUCAUUGGAAGGUCUCGAUUGAGUAGCAAGAAGUUAUAAUACUGCCCAUGUAAAGCAUCCAUCAGUGUGAUUUAGGAAUAUAUUGUUUUUAGCGACUGUUUGUUCUUAUUAACAGCUCGUCCUUUCUAAACUCAUGGAACAACUUGCUGGCUCAAAGACAGUUACCAAUGUGUGUUCUGGAAGAAGAGAACGUACCAAGUGGUACUUUCCAAGUUCUAUCUCACCUGACUGCUAUUUUAAAAAAAAAAAAAAAAAGAAAGAAACUUGAUGAGAUGGAGGGUCAGUGGUCUUAGAUCCAGGAAAACACAAACAUGGGGACUGAGUUUGAGAUCCACAAAUAGAGUAUAUGGGCAUAAUAUUGUGAUGUUCAAAAUUGUUGGUAUUGUUCAUUCUUUAAUGAGGAAUAUUUUGGUAUGAGUAUUUGGUAAGUUUACAGUACAUAAAUGUGAAGAGAUUUAAGUAGGGAUGCAUCAACACUGAUGCUGGUAUUGUGGAACGAUUCGAUACCAUGCUCAUUUACUCAGACGCCAUUAAAAAAUGCUCCAAUAUCAGCAUUCAGUACUAUGUGAUACUAUAUGAUGGAAGCCUAGAGUACCUUGCCAUGCUAAUGAACAGACAAUACGAAAAGAAUGUUAUCUGGACUUAUUUCAUGAUUGAUGCUCAACACAAAUGGUGGUGGUGUGCAAAAAUAUCAAACCAGCAUCUUCCUUCAGUAACCUGAUAAAACGUUGCGUCGUUUAAGCAGGGUGCAAGCGUACCCGACUUUUGUGCACAGAGCAGUAUCAGCAAGUGUGAUCAUUAAUAAUAACUACAAGGAACAAUGGAUUACACGCACACAAAGAUACUCGCACGCCUGGAGCAGUGACGCGAGCAUGCAGAGGAACUGAUACACAUGAGAGCACUUCAGUUCUGCGAGCACUGAGACAUGAACACUUUCUUUCCCCUCGCUCGACGGGUUUUACACUUUGCUCGCGAGUCAAGGCACAACUCAGGGCAACGUGCCUUUAUUUUUAAUGCUCACUCUGGCUGAUACCAGUCUGCGUGCUCAGGUUGGGGCCCCCUCUAUACUUAAGAUACUUAAACAUAAAACUCGGCACAAUAAGUUAAUUUCCGGCAGCAACUAAUAUGAACAGAACUAACAAUCCGUGAUGUCUCUGAUUGAUUAAUACCAAGUAGGUUACUCAUUUUGAUUUUGAUAUCGGUAUCACCACGGGUACCAAAAAUACGUAUAUUAUCCGGGGGAGGAAAAAAAUAAAUGGUAUUGAUGCAUCCCUAGUUUUAAAAUAAUGGCCUGUGGUUAGAAAUGAUUGAACACAGUACCUGGAGUUGUUUCCAUGUUUUGAGAAAGUUCUUCGCUAGUUACUUUAUCGGAUAUUACAGUCAGAGUUUUUGUUUAUAUAUAUAUAUAUAUAUAUAUAUAUAUAUAUAUAUAUAUAUAUAUAUAUAUAUAUAUAUAUAUAUAUAUAUAUAUAUAUAGUGUUAUACCGCUUCUCACUUUACUACACUGCACAUGUGUGGUCUGUGUUCAGUCAUAUAAAAGGUCCUAAUAUAAACCGAGAACUCCUACACAGGGGUUACUGUUGUUGAUCAGCUUGUAAACCUUAAAGCAGUAAGGGGUUUUCCACGAUUGUGUUCUGUGUGUCAGUCAUCAGCAUGUGUCUUUUUAAACUACAGUUAUAAAUAGAUCUAUAAACCAGGUGUGCAUCCUAGCAUUCAUGCUGGAUGUAAUGAAUGGUGCUGCAAAGGGUUGGAGUGUCCCUUUUGUUUUUAUAUUCACUGCACUGUGUCGUCGUCCCGCCCCCCCGGUCAUUUUAAUCAUGUUCCCCCAAAACUCACACUUUUGCAAUAUGAACUUAAAAGCAAUUAUUUUUUUUUAAAAUUUAGAUAAUAAUAUUGUUUAGAGUGGUUGAUAAGAAACUGUAGAUCUAUUUUCCAUGUUUCUUGUGUCUGUAAGGACAGAAGCAGUUUGAAUUUUCAAUUUGAGUGCUUUAGAUUAUUUUUUUUUCCCCCUCAAGAAAAAGCCAUGUUUGUCAUAAAGGAUUAAGUAUAUGAGGAUCCUUUAUACAUUUCGCAUAAAGGAUUUUUAUAAAGAAUCAGGUGAUUAAAUAUUUACUGUGGUUCUUCUCGGUUAAGGUUUAUAAUGCGUUUCCAAAUAAAAAGCAAAAAUAUUCUAAAGUA